AUGUCAUACUCCAACGGAAGCGGCGGCACACUCACACUGCCUUCGCCGACACACGUUCAUCACGUCGACGUGAGCGCAACCGUUCGCUCCCUGCGGAGGUCUCUUUCGAGAUCACCUUCUAAAUUCAGGCUGUCGGGAAUUGCCUCUCCAACUCCCGCCAAGUCAGCAGUCUUCCGCCAGCCACCAGUACCAGUGCCGUCACCUGCCGCGCAGUCAGAGCCUUCCGCAACCACAUCACUUCCCGCAACGCCCGCAGGACCUGCGGCCCGGCCGCUUUCGCCCAUUUCGUUUUCGGCGCCUCAGUUGCCCGCGACCGGCACACCUUUCAGACCCAACAUCAAGCUAGCCGUUCGCUCUACGAGGUCAAAGCAAGUAAAUCGGCCUCUCUCCCGAUCGCGCGUGUCGCCGAAAAGCCCCCUGAAGCGCGUUUUCGGCUCUGCGCCAGAUUCUGGCAAUCAAAUGCCUCCGGCCGCCUUCGGCGCUGAGGUACGCGGUCAAGAAAACGCGAUCCCGACCGAUUUCCAUAUCGCGUCAAGCCCCUCGCAUCGUCGCAGCUUUGAGCGGCCAAUGCGGAACUCGACCAAUUUCGACGUGUUGACGUCAACAAAGAGCGGCGUUUCGAAAUUUCUCGACAUGAACAACGAGACGUUCCAGUCCAUCACCGUCAGCCCUAUGAAGCGCAGCGACGCGACCAUGAGUCUGGGGCAGGCAAGCAUGGGAAGCCCAGUGGCGAAGCGCCGGAGUCUCCACGGCAUUUCAAGUCUCGAAGGCGAACUAGCCGCCGUUGAUGAGCCCUCCGCGCCUCCUCAAAGCUUUGACAUUCAUGACGAUGGGAACCAUGAGUACCAGUUAACUGGAUCGUCCGGGUCGCCGUUCCGGGACCCUCUUGGCUCGCCUACACAGUCAGCGCUGCCCAAGCGCACGACUUCGCUGCGCAAGAGCACACUUCAGCAGCGGCAUGGCGAGAACCGAUCAUCUUUGGGUCGCCGUGCAGGGGAGAAGCAGCUGGCGCAAUUCACACCCGAGGCCGAUACAGUAAGCCCUCGGGCCAGGCCCCGACUCUCUCUGGAUCAGUAUGUUCCGCCGGAGGAACGGAGACUACCAUUCUCCGAGGAGCCCCAGUCACAUCUGGCCGCCAAUCCAUUCCACCGGUCCGCGAACCAGCCUCAUCCUCUGUCUCGGGCUAUAACUCAAUCCUCGUCUGGCCCGGACCUCCCUGACGACACGGCAACCCACAUUGCCGUCGCACCUGUGAGCCAGCGGCGGCGGGCCUUACACAACUUCUCAAAGUCGUUGCCUCCAGGCUCCCAACGGCCGCUGGAUGAUUCGAAACCGACUGCGACACCUCAAUAUAAAGAUGCCAAGCCACUACAGGCGGCUUUCAUGUCGACCGGUCUUGUUUCGAAGAUGAACCGCAACCGGGAUGGUAGUCUUCAGCAACCCGGAUCGACGAUCACCACGAUGCCGGAUACACCGUGCAAAAAGCAGCCCUACAGCUCGGCCACCUUUCCGCCGGGAAGCGGCAGCGGCGGGCGACGGUCCCGAGUUUCCUUUGGGAGCCCGUCCACCCCUUUCAGUUUGGUCGGCGCGCCCGUCCGGGGAAACCUGUUCGGAAGCCAGGACAAGUCCGGCAACCUCCUUUUCCAACCGGCUAACUCCAGCCAUGCUAGGAAGGGAAGCGCGCUGAGUCUAGAUGGUGAUGAUUUAGCUGGGGUGCAUGACGAGCUCCCGCCGACCCCGACGAAGAACUUGUUCUUCAAGUCGCUAACGACCCCAGGCGAAGGCGUCCAGUCGCCUGGCGACUUCCGUUCGUUUUCGGCCCGCGCGCCACUGUUUUCUUUGGGAAGCGACCCCAAAGGUGCUGACGCUGUUUACAAGUCGGAGAACCGGCAAGGCGCGUCAACCAAGGACGAGCGAGCAGGCGAGGGCGGCGCUGCUCGUCCUUCCACUCCUUUUGUUUACGAUUCAUCGCCCCCUGUGGGCUUUUCGUUCGCCUCUUUGGCUGGGAGCCGCACACAUCCAGUACCGUUUACUACACCUGCGCCAGCCCGCACAUCCCCAAUCUUUUUCGCGACAGUCAACAACGCGGCCAAUCACUAUGCCAGAGUCGACCCUGCGCUCACCGCCAGCCCCCUCAACAUGAGGAUUGGAUCGCCUCAUACGCCGUCCCACGCCGCAGCGGCAUCGAUGGCGCCGCCCGACCCUAGUGGUCUGUCGAUCUCGAACGGUCACGCGAAGCUAGUCGGAACGCCGGCAACGCCCAGCAACUCGGAGACACGGCAGCUGUUCUCGAGCCUGACCGGCCGCCGAGUGAGCAUCACUCCUCAGAAUGGGCAUGGUCCAAGCGACCUCGACGAGUCUCUGAUGGCUCGGUUCGACAGGUCGGAUGUCGUCGGCAAAGGAGAGUUUUCCCAGGUGUACCGCGUUGUCAAGUACUCGGCUCCUGCUUCGUUCAUGACGGCAUUUUCAACGUCGCCCCGGACACCAUCCAGCCCGGAUCAGAGCAGGGUUUAUGCCGUCAAGAAGCUUCGGAUUCCCGUCCACAACGUCAGGGCACGCCAGGCGAAGUUUCAAGAGGUUGCCAUCCUGGCGUCUCUGCGCCACUCGAGCAAAGUCAUACAGCUCAUCGACAGCUGGGAGCACAAUGGCCACCUUUACAUCCAGACCGAGUACUGCUCUGAGGGCAGCCUCGACGGGUUUUUGAAGGAUGUCGGACAGGCCGGCCGAUUGGAUGACUUCAGAAUCUGGAAGAUACUCUUGGAGACGACUCAGGGAUUAUCGGCCAUCCACCAGGCUAAUUUCGCUCACCUCGAUAUCAAGCCUGCAAAUAUCUUCAUAACGUUUGACGGUUACGUCAAGAUCGGCGACUUUGGCCUCGCGACUCCAUUGCCAGCUCCCAAGGGCCAUGAGGGCGAGGGUGACCGCGAAUACAUCGCCCCGGAGAUCCUUCGCGGCAAAUUUGACAAGCCCGCCGACAUCUUCUCGCUAGGCCUAGUCAUCCUAGAGAUCGCGUGCAACGUGUUCAUGCCUGAUAACGGCCCGACUUGGCAGGCCCUACGGAACGGUGACCUGAGCACGGUCGCAACGCUGACAUGCGGCGAGGCCGGGGUCAUUGCUCGCGAUGCCAAGGGAUUGCCUAUUGAACACGACUCCGGCAUCUCUCAGGUAACGGAUGGCCACGACGUCGGCCUUGGAAUCAGCACCAGACGACGCGACUCUUUCGCCUUCGGAGCUACCACACAUGACGCAAGCAAUCUCUUUGGCGCCCAAAAACGAACGGAGCUGCAGCACCCGCCCGAGUUCAUGUUGGAUCCGGACCACCCCCAUUCUCUGGACAACCUCGUCAAAUGGAUGAUCCAGCCGGAACCCGCCAUUCGCCCCACUGCCGAACAGCUGCUGGCAUUCACACCGGUGGCUUGGAUCUCGAGCCGCCGCGCUGCUGGUGCAACGGUCUUCGAAGGCAAUUGGGGACCCAUGGUCGGCCCAUCCGUGGCAGAGCUUGUCGACACGGAGAUGACCGACGUGUGA